UUGACUUGAGAUUGAUCCGUGUGGGGGACGACCGAUGGCGUCGUCCUCCUCCUCUCUGUCGUCGGCGCUGAGCUCGAUGGAGCUGAUGCUGGACGCGCUCAGGCAGAGAGGGAUAGGCAAGCUCGAAGACAAGCCCAAGGAGGAGGAGCCGCCGGCGCUGCCCACGCGCCCCACCGUCAGGGGCCGGCCUCCUUCCAUCCACAGGCCCGCCUCCGACGCGCCGUGGAGUCAGCGCCCACCGCUCGCCCCGCUCCCCCCACCGCCGGAGGAAGAAGAAGCGAGGGAGGCGGAGAGGCGUGCGGUGGAGCUGGAGCUGGAGAGAAGGGCUGUGCGGGCGGAGGAGGAGGCCAAGCAGAAGGACGACGACGUGAGGCUCAAGGAGGAGGAGAUCGCCGGGCUGAGGCAGCAGGUGGAGCUCUACGAGGCCCGGCUCGCCGAGUGGGAGGCCAAGAUGAAGGCCGUGGAGGAGGAGCUGCAGAGGCAGACCGCCGCGCUGCAGAUGUCUCAGGCUGCUGCCGCUGCUGCGGCGGCCAGAGCAGAAAUCGGUUCCACGAGCCACCGCCGGGAGCCAACCUUAUCCGACGGCGUUGCGCAGGCCGAGCGAGCUCCGGCGCCCACGAGGGCGGAGGAAGCGGCCGUGAAGCGGGGCGAGAGCCUGUUUCGAGGAGCGUCCGUGAAGCCCCAGCAGCAGCAGCCCGCCGUCGCCACCGUCCUUAGCUCGAACUCGAAGCCGAGCCACGCGGAGCACCACCUCGCGACCGAGUACGCGCGGGAGACCCAGGCGUUCGAGCACGCCGCGAGGGCGGUGGCCGAGGUGAAGCCGGGCACCAUGUCCGUCGACGAGCUCAAGAUGCUGAGGCGGCAGUUCGCCGCCUGGAAGAAGGAGUACGAGGCGCGGCUGCGCAAGACAAACGCGGAGCUCAAGAAGCGCGUCCACUCGGAGAAGAGCCACGACCAGCAGCCUGACCACGGCGGCCGGCGCCGGUGGUGCGGCUGGUGGAGGACGAUCAAGGCGCCGAAGUUCAGGGCCCCCAAGAGGUGCUGCACUUGCGCCUGCGCCAUGAAGUUGCCUAGCUUUCCCUCGUGCAACCUCCCCUCGUGCAAGUUCCCUAGCCUUCCCUCGUGUUCCUUCUCUUGCUGCUGCUUUCGCCGCCGCCGAUAG